ACACCUGCAUUAGGCUCCAAACAACGAUAACCGAAACCGUUGUAGCUUUGCAAGCUGGUAGGAAAACGCUGCGAGGAGCUUUAGACGGUUACUCAUCCAAGAUGGCGUUGAAGAGGGCAGUUCACGACAAGAUACUCAAUGAUGUGAUCCUGUCUGUGAAGAAGACAGGAUCUGACUGGAAGGUGCUGGUUGUUGACCAGCUGAGUAUGCGCAUGAUCUCAGCAUGUCUCAACAUGACCGAGAUUAUGUCCAGCGGGAUAACAUUGGUUGAGGACAUCAACAAGCGACGAGAGCCGCUACCGAACUUGGAAGCUAUAUACCUUGUAACUCCAACAGAAAAGUCGGUGAAGGGUCUGAUACAAGAUUUCCAGAAUAUCCACUCAACACAGUAUGCUCUUGCUCAUGUUUUCUUCACAGAAGCAUGUCCUGACGAGCUGUUCAACGAGUUGACUAAAUCCACUGCAAGCAAGAGAAUAAAGACACUGAAGGAGAUCAACAUUGCUUUCCUUCCAUAUGAAGCACAGGUGUUUUCUCUGGACUCGCAUGACACGUUCCAAUACUACUUCAACCCCCAGAGGACGGGGGGCAGGACCAUGAACCUGGAGCGUUGUGCUGAACAGAUUGCCACGCUGUGUGCCACACUGGGGGAGUACCCUGCCGUCAGAUUUAGGAGUGACUUUGAUCGCAAUGCUGAAUUUGCUCAGAUGGUGCAGCAGAAAAUUGAUGGCUACAAAGCUGAUGACAUCACCAUGGGGAGGUAGGGCAUUGCCAAGGACAGGUCAGUCCUGCUGAUUCUGGACCGAGGAUUUGACCCCAUCUCUCCUCUCCUGCAUGAGCUGACGUUUCAGGCCAUGGCCUAUGACCUUCUACCUAUUGAAAACGAUGUCUAUAAGUACGAAAACACAAGUGGCAGUGAUGUCAACGAAAAGGAGGUUCUCCUGGAUGACCACGAUGAGCUGUGGCUGGAACUACGACAUCAGCACAUUGCUGUGGUGUCUCAACAAGUAACCAAAAAACUGAAACGCUUUGCUGAGGAUAAGCGUCUAACCACCCCCGACAAGGCCAACAUCCGAGACCUGUCACAAAUGUUGAAAAAGAUGCCCCAGUACCAGAAGGAGCUGAGCAACUACUCCACACACCUCCAUCUUGCUGAGGACUGCAUGAGGCAGUAUCAGAAGCAUAUAGACAAGCUGUGUAAAGUAGAGCAGGAUCUUGCCAUGGGAACUGAUGCAGAUGGGGAAAAGGUUAAGGAUCAUAUCCGGAACAUUGUCCCGAUCCUGCUGGACCAGAACAUCACAGCCUAUGACAAGAUCAGGAUUAUCCUCCUUUACAUUAUUCACAAGGGAGGUAUCACGGAGGAGAACCUGGCUAAGCUGCUCCAGCAUGCCCAGAUCCCCAUGGAGGAGAAGUGCAUCGUCACCAACAUGCAGAACCUCGGCAUCCCCAUCAUACAGGAUGGUCAAGGAAAAAACUAUAGUCGUCUUAUUCAAGACUGCUCUAGUUAUGGGACGUUUCAGGGCGGUCUACAGGGUGGACGACGCAAGGCCCAGCCUUACCAACCCUACAACCGGAAAGAAAGGACAGCUGAACACUCGUACCAGCUUUCACGGUGGACACCGUACCUCAAGGACAUUUUAGAGGAUGCGAUAGACGAGAAGCUGGAUGGGAAACACUUUACCUUCCUGUCCGGGGGGGUGUCCCGGUCUGCCAUGUCUGCUCGAAGUGUUCCAAGCGCACGAUAUGGCCAUUGGCACAAAGAGAAGGGCCAGUCAAGUGCUCGGAGCGGACCUCGACUCAUGGUGUUCAUCAUGGGGGGAAUGACGUACUCGGAGAUGAGGUGUGCAUAUGAAGUUACGCAGUCAGUGAAGAACUGGGAGGUCCUCAUAGGUGCGACAAGUGUGUUGACCCCAGAAGGCUUCCUGAGUGACCUCCGUGACGUCAGCUGCUGAAGACAGUGACCUCCGUGACGUCAGCUGCUGAAGACAGUGACACACUGUGCGGACAUGGGACCACUUGCCACACUCGUCUAGGGCCGUCGUAGCUGUUAUAUCCUGCAGGCACUGUGGUGCUGAGUAGUUGUGUAGUACACCAGGGCUACCAUUGGACAUUUACUUCAGGUGUGAUAACCUACUCCGAUUUAGGCAACUUGACAGGUUAAACAGUGAAAUCUUUGUUAACUCAUUCUUAAGAAUACAAGUGCUCGUUGGACCCUGUUGAUUAAGGUGCAGGGCGCAGUGCUGUUGUGUAUAUUAAGCAUUGAGAAAACUUGCGAUCAUGAGUUUGAAUCCCAGAGUUACCCUGGUUGUGUUUCAUGGUUUAGUCAGCACUGUACCAGUGUUACAAGGAUUCCCCAAAUUGGUGAACAGCUGAUAAACCAAAAGCAGCAUUAAACCCAUAUCCCUCACUCACUCAUGAGUUCACCAUCGGUUCCCAAUUGCGCAGAUCGAUGCUCAUGCUGUUGAUCACUGGAUUGUCUGGUCCAGACUCGAUUAUUUACAGACCGCCGCCAUAUAGCUGGAAUAUUGCUGAGUGCGCGUAAAACUAAACUCACUCACUAACUCAUGAGUUCACUCUGAAGGUGCAGUGAAACUCGUAAAAUCAAUUUAGUUGACAUGUAGUUUCACCAUUUCUCUUGAUGGUCCCAGUCAAAUCCAAAUCUGUUGUGUAAUGAGUUUCUCCUUGUUGAUUGAGGGCAGGGCUGGCUAAGUCGUCUGAGGCACUGCAUCACUGGGUAUCCCAGAAUCCCAUGCUUGUGGGUUCAUAUCCUGUUUUGCCCAGAGUCUCUGCCUACAUUUGUCAGAACAAUAACAGUGGUUGUUAGUUUCGCCAAAGUGGUUAUAUCUGGUUCUUUCCACAUUAAACUGACACAACGAGAUAUAACUGGAAUACCCGUUAUAGCAACGUUAAACCUUUCUCAUUGUUACAAGCAAUGAUGACUAAAUAUAUAUCCUGUCCAAGGUGGUGAGGUAACAAGGUUUCACUGUUAAAGAUUACAACCUCAGUGAGAAGAAAGUCUGAAUUACCAACCCAAAGAUGUCGAAAACUGGAGUCCUGGUUUUAAGACAAAGGUUCACAUGCUUUUUGUCACUGUAGCACAGGCAGAAUAGCCAUUCAUUUCUUACUGUUCUUUAUAAAAUAGCAGUUGAAGCAUACACUUCAAUAAUUCCAAUUUCAUAUAUUCAUAAUGUUUUACUCAUUUUUAAGAUAAUUAGCACUUCAGAGUGUCCAUAUAUGUUAUGAUGUACAUAUACAUGUAUUAUGAAUUUACACAUUCCCAUUUUUAAUAUGAACUUAGAAUAUGAAUUGUUUCUCACAAUUUGGACUUCUUUCACAUUCAGAACUAGGGUAGGGAUGAUGAAGGCUUGUUAUGCAGAGUUGUCUCCCUUGUGUAUGCAGGAACCUAUUAGGGUGGAUUUGAAUCAUGGUUCAAACUGAAUAUAUAUCAGGGUUUGUCAGCUCCAUACCUUGGUUGAUGGUUUCACCAAAGUAAUAAACAUCUAAAACGUAUGUCACAUUUUGCUUUCAACCACAACAAGCUGACAUGCCAUCAUAUAAUUGGAAUACUGCAAGUGGCAUUAAGCCAAAAACAUGCACUCACUAAAACCAGAGCUGUAUGGCCUGAACAGUUCACGAACACCCAUGUUGAGGUCCAAAGGGAUAUUGCCCUGGUUUUAUUGCCCUGGUUUAAUAGAAAUCAUUAUAAGGCAAUAUACUGUUGCUGUCUUGGUUAGAUGUCAACACAUCCAUCAUGUAAAGUAGAACCCUGUUAGUGUGGAAACCUCUGCUAUCUGGUUCGAGUGUCUACAUACAUGUUAAAUACAAACAUUUUUUUAAAAUUUGAGGUAGUCCUUCAGAAUUGGAUACCUGUUUUGUAAAUUUAGGACAAAGCACCAAUUGUAAUCAAGUAUUCUUCAAUGUCUUGGUAGAAUCCUUGUUGAUAGGGUUUAACUAUACUUUGCAUUUUGUGUAAUCUAUAUAGUUAAACUUGACUUAUAUACCACCUUUAUGGACUUUGAAUUUGAAGUGAAGACCCAAGGUCAGGCUGACUCCGCUCAGUGUGUCACAAUAUGAAACACUAUGAAGGGCAUGGAGUUUUCAAAAAUUAUGUAAUUCUAAAGUCUUUUUUUAAAAAAGUUUGUGUUUGAGAAACUAUGAUAUUUUUAGCAAGCUUUUUCUAGAGGCUGAUCUGCUGGCAUUGAGUUAGGAUGUAGCAUGUUGUGGCACAGACCAGUUAUUACCCACAUCUUGUACUUCACUUUGUGAAGUAUUGUGUUUCUAUGGUAACUAUUACCAUGAAUAUUAAGUAUUAUUUAUAUUGCACCUUUACUACCAGGUUGUUGAAGAAUCUUAUAUUCAAUUCCUUGAUAUGACGAGUUGGAACAAUUACAGGUACGUUGUUGCGAGUAGAUACUUCUGAGGUUCCAUAUAUACCUGUUAAAUGUACAAUAUUGUGCAACAGAAUUCUUUCCCGGAGUGUAAAAUUCAGGCCAGACUGAUACGAUACUAUUAUGGACUAGUUUCGAGAAUUAUUGAAGUAAUUAUUUCUUUUGAUCUAAAGAAACUAAACUGGUUUUUGAUGCAGUGAUUUAAAGGAAUAAUAACAUUGUAACAGAACGUCUCCUACUCUAGGUCUGACUUGCUUUUGAUAAUAUAUUAAUGAGU